AGAAAAAGGUUUUUUUUUUCAAAAUUCAGAAUCCAAAGCCCUAAUUUCAACCAACUGCAUAAGGAUUUUGAUCUCUCACUCCAAUUAUCGAGCUGAUUAAUCGAUAACAGUUAUGGCGGAUGCUUAUUGGAGGUACGGCGACGGUAGGCAGCAGCCAGCUUCGCUUCCCCCUCACGUGGUUAAACGACCCCGUACCGAUUCUGAUAUGCCUAGUGGACCUGACAUGUCAGGCUACUAUGGCCGUGACGAGGAUAGGGCUGGACUGCGUGUUAUUAGAGAUACGGACACCAUGAAUGCAACAUAUGAUCGCUACCUCCGCAGUGUGCAAAUGCCGUCAUACGCCAGUGAGUCUGGACGAUCUAUGAGCAGUGGACUUGGAGGACAUCAUCAUGUUGAUGAUCCACGUGCGUUAGGAAUUGUCGGGUCAAACCCAGCAGCCGCAGCAGCUGCAAAAAACCGAUCUUUGGGAGUUGGAGGACGGCCUGAAAUUCCUCUUCCUCCUGAUGCUAGCAGCACCUUGUUUGUGGAGGGCUUGCCUGCGAAUUGCACUCGCAGGGAAGUUUCCCAUAUAUUUCGUCCAUUUGUAGGCUACAAGGAAGUAAGGCUAGUAACUAAAGAAUCAAGACAUUCUGGUGGUGAUCCCCUGGUGCUUUGCUUUGUUGAUUUUCAGAGCCCGGCUCAUGCAGCCACAGCAAUGGAUGCUAUACAAGGCUGAGUAGUGAGGCGAGUUCAUCAGCUUGAUGAUUGGAACGGAACUGCUGCACCAGCUUCCUCAGCCGUUUUGCAGCUGCACGCGUUCAAUCAAGAUCAAGAUUGCAUCCAAUGAAGCUUGACAAGCCGGGGCCAUCUUUUUUCCCCGGGUACCAUCACUGACUGCACCUCCAAAAGGCAGAAUGAUGCCUCUGUGCACGUGUGGACAGCGCGGAUACCUUCAGAAGGUGCACAGCAGCAGCUGACGAGAUGGUUUUGACUGGCACAGUCAGGUUGCUAGAAGAGGUGGAUUGGGUUGCUUGGAAUUGUAGUAAAAUUAAAAUCAAGUUUAGUAUAGUGUGUGUUUUUCUUUGUUUUUGGAAAUUAAUGUUUUCAUGAAGCCAUGCUGUGCUUUGUAAUGACUUCUUGGCGCCGGAAACAUGUAAUACGUUGAUUAAAAUUCACAAAAUACUGGAAAAGAAUGUGAAGAAAUUGAAUUUUCAUUUAUUCUCUUUUGAAUAUCAAAAGAAGCUCAA